CCAAAGGAGUAAAGAAACAAGUGAACUCAGUGGCAGUCACCAAUCUACGCAACUUUACUACAGGCUUUAACUUAACCUCCGCCUUCCAUUCUUGUAUCUUACAAGCCACUUCCUCCUCGCAAGCAAAGGAUGGGAGACAAAAAACAGGGCUACGCCUGCAGAUCUCCUCUUCGAUUCUCAAAUUCAUCGACCUUGCCCCGUUUUUUGCUCUCCUGUUUGGUCGUAGUCCUCGGCUGUGAUGGAACUUUGGCCUACAAGAACUACACAGUUGGGGAUUCCUUAGGCUGGUUUGACAACCUCAUGCAACCCAAGGUGGAUUACCAGAAGUGGGCGGCUGGAAAAAAUUUCUCCCUCGGAGAUUUCCUCUUUUUUAAUACGGACAAGAAUCACUCGGUCGUGGAGACCUACAACCUGACCACUUACGAGCGAUGCGACUACGAGGAUGCCGAGGCUAACGACACCACCGAGUGGUCGACGGCGACGCCGGAGUACAGCUCGGAUCCGGUAACAGUCCCUGUACCUCUACUCAAAGUAGGCGCGACUUACUUCUUCUCCGGUAACUACGACGGCGAGCAAUGCCAGCAUGGGCAGCGCUUCAAGAUAGUGGUGACCUACGGGCAGGGCCUGCCGGAGAGCCUCCGAAGCCCGUCAGAAGCCCCGGGUCCUGUGAGCCCUGAUGACGGCGGGUCGAUGCCGGACUCAGUCCCAGCCAACUUCGACCACCCAAAGAAUACCGGUGAUGGGGAAGACAUGAAGCCGGCGUCGCGUGCAGGUGAAAGGCUAGUGAGGUUGAUGUGGGAGCAACUUUGUGGCAUUCACAUAGGAAUUGGCUUCUUGUGGCUUCUAAUGCACAAGGAUGAAGCUUUUUAAUUUGAUUUUAAAUUUGUUGUCAUUAUUUUGUUCAUCUUUUGUUGGUUAAGCUGGAGAUUCAUGGUUUAUAAUUCACCCAAUUCAUGUGUAUGGUGAUAUAUAAGGAUUUGAGAUUAAUUAACUACGCUGUCAUAUUUUUUUUCGAUGUGUGUGAUCAGAGCAUGUACUUGUUAUUUAAAGGUAAACUAUUAAUUAUAUCUCAA